AUGGUUGGUUGCCCGAGGGAGUUGGUCGAGACAGUGGUCAACGAGUCGACUGUUGAUGGGCAAGAUGGUGUUGGUCGAUGUCGAGUUCGAUCUUUGGUUGCUGGAAGUUGGUUAUGGUUCGAUGCGAGAGUUGCGGUCCUAAUGUCAAAGUCAACAUCAUGUCAGUCAAUGCAAGUAGUCAAGUGGUCAGCAGUUAGUCGUCAAGGAAAGAUAGCGAAAGCAGCGACAAUUCAGGUCGUCUAUUGUAUGGCAGUCAUAUUCUACGCUUGA